AUGGCGUCGCGGGCGACGCUCCUCGCGCGCGCGAGCGAGUCUGCGAGCGCCGAGGCAGCAAUUUCUACGACUCAGUACGACUCUCGCGUCGCUCUCAUCCGAAAUUCGCAAGUUGUCAAUUCUCAUUCGUGCCGAGUUCGCCCGGGCCGUCGUCAGAUCUGUCCGCGCGGAGACACGACGACGCGACCGACGAUGUCCGGUCACGUCCGCGUCCGCGUCUCGCCGCCGACGUCGCGCGUCCUCGCGGCGUCGCGCGCGCGCGCGCUCCGGGGAAUCAGAAACAGAAUCACCCUCCCCUCGAGCGUAGUCGUAAAACGCGUCGAGCGCGCGCGCGUCGGCGUCGGCGUCGGCGUCGGCGUCGUCGCGUCGUUCGUGCGCUCGAACCCGCACCUCAUCGCGCGCGGGGCGCCGUCGCCACCGCGAUCGUCGAGCGGCGACGGCGGCGGGAGAGAAGGCGGGAAAGAAGCGCCGGGGGAGACGCCGGGGAAGAAGAAGGACUCGUCGACAUCAUCGAAAUCGAACGCGUCGUCGCCGUCGUCGGGAGCUGAGGAGUACGCGAAAUCGCGCUCGCUGUACGAGAAAGAGCUCGAAGAGGCGCUGUCGUGGCGGACGUGGGGGGAGGUGGACUACUCCAAGAUCACCCCCGGCGGCGGAGGAGGAGGAGGAGGAGGAGGAGGAGGAGGAGGAGGCGGCGGCGGCGGCGGCGGCGGCGACUCGGGCGGGCGGCGCCGGCGACCCCCGAGGGAUCCUUUCCCGUGGGCGUUCUGGCUCCUCGCGCUCGCGACGCUCGCCGCCGCGGUCGGGUACUACGUCGAGCACGAGCCGCGGUACGAAGAGCCAGGAGACGACCAGGGAGUUGACGCGAUCGUCGACGAGGCGACGGGAGAGACGGUCCCGCGACCGCCGCCGUCAGGCGCGUCCUUUCCUCUUCACAUUGACUGGUCCCCAUACGACCGCGUCGGCGUGGUGAACGCCGAGUCGUGCGUCGCGCGCGUCUUGAAGCACCUGUCCACGCUCGACCCGCCCCCCGCCGAGAUCAUCGUCAGCGUCGGCGACUCCGCGGACGCGACCGCCGCGAUCGCGACCGAGCACGGCGCGAAGGUGGUCGCGGGCGCGCGCGGCCGAAGCAAACAGAUGAACGACGGCGCCGCCGCCGCGAGCGGCGACGUCGUGCUCUUUCUCCACGCGGACACGACGGUGCCGAGCGACGCGGUGACGGUCGCGCGCGAGACGUUCGCGAACGACGCGCGCGUCGUCGCCGGCGGGUUCGUCUCGCUGUUAGAGCGCGCGGACAAGACGUUCUGGUUCUUGUCCUUCCACAACGUCGUCAAGAGCUUCUUAUACCCCGCGCUGUUGAAGGCGCGUCCUAUCUCGCACUGGGUCCCUCGCGUUCAAUCCCCGCCCGCGUCGCCUUUCAACUCCGCUUCUGACGCCUUUCAACUCCACCCCGACAAUGCUUCGUAUGGACCCUCGACCCUGAAGCCGAGAGCGUUCGCGAAGGGCUACCGCGUUCUUUUCGGCGACCAAGCGAUGUUCGUCCGCGCGGUGGACUUCCGCUACGUCGGCGGGGUGCGUUCUUCUCACACUGGUCCCCAUACGACCCCGUUCGCGUGGUGA